AAGCACCUAGGCAUGCAGACUGCUUCUACAAACAUUUGUGAAAGAAUGAGUCACUCUCAGGAGCUCAGUGAUUUCAAGCGUGGUACUGGCAUAGGUUGUCACCUGUGCAAUAAGUCCAUCCAUGAAAUUUCCUUGCUGCUAAUAUUCCACGGUCAGUGGUUAGUGGUAUUAAUACAAAGUGACAGCAACUGGGAACAACAGCAACUCACCCACCAAGUGGUAGGCCACGUAAAAUGACAGAAUGGGGUCAGCACAUGGUAAAGCGCACAGUGCACAGAAGUCGUCAACUGUCUGCAGAGUCAAUAGCUAAAGACCUCCAAACUUUGUGUGGCCUUCAGAUUACCACAACAACAGUGUGUAGAGAGCUUCAUGGAAUGUGCUUCCAUGGCCGAGCAGCUACAUCCAAGCCUUACAUCACCAAGUGUAAUGCAAAGCAUUGGAUGCAGUGGUGUAAAGCAUGCCGCCACUGGACUCUAGAGCAGCACUUGCCUGACUUCAUUUUGCAAAAAACGUUU